AUGUAUUUUUUUCUGUGUAACUUAGCUUUUAUUGAUAUUUGUUUUAUAACUACCAUAGUACCAAACUGGUUAAAGGACAUCUUAAGUAUACAGAAGUCUAUAUCUGUAUUGGCUUGCUUAACUCAGUCAUAUGUUUUCUUUCUUUCUGGAAUAGCUGAAUUUCUAAUCUUGGCUGUAAUGUCUGUUGACCGAUACAUAGCAAUCUGUUUCCCCCUGCAAUACUCUACCAUGAUUAGUAGACACUUUUGCAUUCAAGUCAUAAUUGGAGUGUGGUUUGGUUCAUUCGUUUCUCUGUUGAUUCCUUCUUACUUAGUAAUGAGCUUGACAUUCUGUGUUUCUGAGAUUGAUCAUUUUAUGUGUGACGUAGGUCCACUCCUAAAGAAUGCCUGUAUAAACACAGCUCACAUUGAAAAAUGUGUUCUUGUGUCAUCCAGUGUUGUCAUGAUUUCUUCUUUGUGA